AUGUAUGGCGGUGACAGUGAUGCCGUGCAAGGGCAGCUGACAAAGGUAAAGCAAAUCCAGGCCUCUUGGAAUUCUUUUGCUGCUCUUCUGGAGGAUGGGUCCGUUGUUACUUGGGGCGAUGCAGACACCGGUGCUGACAGCAGUUCUGUGCAAGAUCAGCUGAAAGGCGUGCAGCACAUCCAAGCCACUGAUGCUUCCUUUGCCGCCAUCCUGAGUGAUGGUUCUGUUGUGACGUGGGGAAACUACUUCUUUGGCGGGUUUAGCCGUUCCGUGAAGAACCGGCUGAAUGCGGUGCACAAGAUUCAGGCCAAUCGCUCUGCAUUUGCUGCCAUCCGGAGGGAUGGAUCCGUUGUGACCUGGGGCAGCGAGAGCUGUGGCGGUGACAGCGAGGCCGUGCAAGAUCGCUUGUUGCACGUGGAGCACAUCCAGGCAACCAGCUCUGCUUUUGCAGCACUUCUAGAGGAUGGGUCAGUGGUUACUUGGGGCGAUUCGAUCCAUGGUGGUGACAGCAGUGCCGUCCAGGGGCAGCUACAGCAAGUGCAGCAGAUCCAAGCCAAUUCAAAUGCCUUCGCUGCUAUUCUGGUGGACGGAUCGGUCGUGACUUGGGGCGCCGUGCACUCGGGUGGAGACAGCAGCGCCGUGCAACACCAGCUCAAAAACGUGCACCAGGUCCAAGCCACUUUCCACGCUUUUGCUGCGAUCCUUGUGGACGGAUCAGUUGUGACCUGGGGUGAUGCUGACUGGGGUGGCGACAGCAGUGCCGUGCAAGAUCAGCUGAAGGACGUGCAAGAGAUCCAAGCCUCCUUCCAAGCCUUUUCUGCGACCCUCGCCAAUGGAGGGGUGGUGGCCUGGGGCAAUGCUUUCUUUACCUGA